UUCUAUUAUUAUUACUAUUUGCCUAAAUUAGUUCUGUUCAGUAUCACCCACCACUCCAUUUCAUUGUUACCUAUCGGACUCAAUUUAGUACACUAUUGUUUCUGAACUCUCGUUGGGAAAAUUGAACCUCGUCCAGGUUUUAAGUGUUGCGUAAAGCUAUUCUUCAAGAAGGUACCGAGGAAUAAAUAAUCCCCAUUGACGCAACAAAGUAUUCUGGUGUCGUCUUCAAUUAGGUAAAUAACCAGUAGUAACUUGUAAGGAAUCGGAAAUUAUGUGAUCAGAAGUUUCGUUACCUGAAAAAUUGGAUGAAAAAUAUGAGGGUGACAGUAUGUUUCGGGCAAACUCGUGUUAUCGUGCCAUGCAAAGGAGGAGCCACUGUUGCCGAACUCGUAAAGGAAGCUUGCGCUCGUUAUAAGAAGGCUAUAGGAAAAACACCAAAAUACAGAGUGAAAAUUCGUCAGUUGGAAAAUGCUGUUGAUGGUGGUAUAUUAGAUACAGAUGAUUAUGUUUUUGAUGUUGCUGAAGACAGAGAUCAACUUAUUGCAAUAUUUGAAGAAGAAGAUAAUCAAACAUAUCAUUAUAAUGGAUGGGACAGACACAGUGGAUCAGGAUCUGAUGGUCAUCGAAGUCCGUUGUCAUUUCAACACCAUUCUUCUGUCCUAAACAGCAGAUUUGGCAAUGAUAAUACCUCAUCAAGUAGAAAUCGACCUCUAGCACCCACUGGAAAUGCAACUGUGAUAAAACAUAAUAGCAAAAGAGAACAAAACCUCGAAGUUAAUGUUGGUGUGGAUGCAUUGAAAGCAGGUCCUAAUUCUCAUAUAACUGUACGUAGAGAGAGUGAACAAAUGUUGGAUAGAAAUGAAGAAAACAUCAAGAAUAUUGGAACACACAAAUCACCUGUGAGUAAGAAUUUGAACCAUUAUUAUGAGAGGCAAGUCUCAGGUGGUAAUCAUUUAAAUGAAGAAAACCUGAAUCCAUCAGAAUAUCAUAAGCAAAUUAUGAUUACAACAGCGAACAGCUCUCCAGAUCAGAAUGUUAGUGUUGUGACUGCCAGCAGUGACACAAAUAAUAGUAUUGACAGCGGUCAUCAUAGUAUAAAAACAAAAAUAAUGUCACAAGACGCAAAAAAUUAUGGAAAUUUUACCCGAGGAAAAAUGAGACAAUCCAAAAUGGGAAUGCUUUCAGAAAAUUACGAUGACCUACCUGAAGAUAAAUAUCGAUAUAGUGAUAUUCGACAACCACCAGAGGGUAGGAAAGAAGUUACUUCAAAUUAUGCGGACUUCAGCUCGCAUCAUAAAACGGAAUAUACAGCUGAUCGCUAUUUACCUCCAUCUCCAAAAGAUUCCUCGUUUUAUCCAGAUUUUUAUAACGACACACAAGAAAUGUUUGUUGAUGUUGAUAACAGACCUCUCGGUGUUCAGGUGAUGAGUUUCAUGGAUAGAAACAUAUUUUGUGGAUUGCUCGUUGAAUCAGUUGAUGAAGGAGGAAGAUCAGAACGAGAAGAACUUUUACGGGAGGGUGAUGUUAUCGUCGAAAUAAACAACUAUGUUCUUGCCCAAUAUACACUACAUAUUGCACAGGAGAUCUUCAAAAAUGCUAUGAAAUUCUCAGAGCUUCAACUUCGCGUUUACCCCAUAGAAGAGAGAGAAAGAGCGACGUUGGAGGUGCCUGGAAGUACCACAGUGGAAAUUAACAAUGCUUUAAAUCGGCAUAGGCAUACACCCAGCAUUCCUACUCUAUCGUUAGUUGAAGCCACACCUCCAAAAGCAAGCAAAAUUUCAGCAGCUAAAAGUUUACCUGACCUCACUGCCUCUUCUACUUCAAAAAUACCUCAGAAUGUGAGUCCUGUUGGCAAGAUUCCUCUCGCUGCUCGUAUGUCACUCGAUACUCUCUCGAAUAACACUCGGAAAAUAGGAAAUAUGCUCGAAAUUUCACUGCGAAAAGGUGAACAAGGUCUUGGAUUCAGCAUCACAACAAGAGAUACUUCUAUCGGAGAUGCUGGACCAAUUUACAUUAAAAAUAUUUUACCUAAAGGUGCAGCUAUACAGGAUGGAAGACUACAUGCUGGUGAUAGGUUGUUAAAAGUUAAUGAUAUUGAUAUGACUGGUUAUACGCAAGAGUCAGCAGUUAGUAUACUAAGAUGUAUUGAAGUUGGAUCUACAGUGACGUUACUUGUAAGCAGACACGUCAAUACACUGCCCAGGAAAAUGAAAGAUGACCCAGAUGCGGACAAGGUGCUGAAUGAUGAUAGUCAUCGAGAAUAUUUCAAAUUUGAAAUUGCAUUGAAUGAUACUGGUUCUGCUGGUCUUGGUAUAAGCCUGAAAGGUAAUCAGAGUAAAAAGACUAAACGAGACCUUGGAAUAUUUGUCAAGUCUGUUUUUCACGGUGGAGCUGCAUAUCAAGAUGGCAGGUUGCAACCGAAUGACCAGCUUGUUUCUGUAAAUGGUCAAUCGUUAAUUGGAAUGACCAAUCACGAAGCGAUUGAUACACUACGUACAUCCAUGUCCACUGUAGGAAAUGUUAGAGGAAUGAUACAGAUGGUAAUAGCAAGAAGGAAACAUACAAAUGGAGAUCCAACUUCUCCCAAUUUUUCUUCAGAAGCCAGCAGUGAAUUAUCUGACUCUAUAAUCAAUGAAAGAACUUCGAGACUUUCUAAUGAAGAAAACCAGCAUCAUAGGCAAAUAUCUAUGCCUACUGAUUUACGUGACAAAGCGUUGUCGCCAAAUUCAUUGCAAAGAUACUUUUUAAAAAAUGGGAUAAAUCACACAAAACGUUUAUCAGAACUGAGUUUCAAUAGCUCAGUUUUAUCAACAUCGCUCGGAGAUGACGCUAUUUAUGAAGAUGACGAAAUUUUUGAUCAAGAAAUUAGAAGCUUUAUGGAUAAUAUACCUUCAAAUGAACGAAACAACUUAUCCCCCUUGCCAAGAUCAUCGAGGGUAAUUUCACCUGAACGAAGCAACUAUUCUCCCUUGCCAAGAUCAUCGAGGGUAAUUUCACCUGAACGAAGCAACUAUUCUCCCUUGCCAAGAUCAUCAAGGGUAAUUUCGCCAGCGGUUGUGAGGCGUUCCUCAUCUAUGAAACGACGUUCUUAUGUGAAAACUCCGACUAAAGAACAAUUUACAUUUGCGGAUACGAUUAAUCGUUACACAUCUCAUUCUGCUUCGUCACCCACUUCUCCGCAAUAUAAAAACAUUAUUGGGGAUUUACUCCGAAGUGCGGCCAUAGAUAAUCACUAUAAACCAAGAUUACUUACUCGAUCGAGUACUCCUUCUCGUAAACUGCCUUCAAGAUCUCACUCAAUGCGAGCUUACUCACAUAAAAACCACUCUGAUUCUCGUACAACACGAACGAUUGGUCGUAUCGCCAAAGACAAGAUAUCAAGUUCCACUGGGCGCAAGACAGAAAAAGCUGAGGAGUCUCCUUUCGAUAAUAUCACAGCAUUUGAGAUCACUGGAUCUUCCCGGGAUGAAAAUUCGGUUGACGAUUCUUAUCGAUAUAACGAAGAAAUACCUGAACAGAUUGAUCCUAGCCCAUUAGAUGGAUAUGUCAAUGAUGAGAACAGAAAGUAUAGCGAUUCCAUGACAAAGAACCAUGAUGAUGAUUGGAUGGCAAGUCCUGACCCACAAGAUUCUGGCAUUGAUCCAUUUUCUCGAGAAUCAAUAUUUCGCCAAUCUAUAUCAGAGAAAAGAAGAGGUGGAGAUGCUGCCAACACUGACACAUUUAAAGCAUUGAAAAACAAACAAAUGAAUAAUGGCUUAGAAAAGAAGAUUUCAUCAUCACCGGAACCCAGGAGUCCAACACCAAAGAGUCCUUCGUUGAAAUGGGUGAAACCAACACACACAAAAAACCAUUCUAUCAGUUCAUCAUCUACAACACAUUCAUAUACUCCGAAGUCACCUACGAGACGUUCACCAAGAGUAUCAAAACGAAAUUUGAACAACAGCAGUAACUUACCAGGGUCACAGGAUGCUUUUACAGAAGAAAACAAAAGGUCCCAUACCCCACUUAGUUUCGAUUACCGAUCCACCACCCCAUCAUCCCUGUCCCAGUUAUCCCAAGGUUCUCAUCAUUAUGCAUCCAUGACAGCGUUAAAUUACUCACCCCUGAAACCCCUCAAUCCAUCUAAUUACCCCACUAUCACAGAAACGCCAAAAUCGAGUAAAAAUUCCAUCGGCCAUUCAUAUUCUAGUGAUCCACAAUCUCCUGUUCCUGUCGUUAGAAAAUCUAAUUCUUCCGAUUCUCUGAUGACAUUUGGUCUGUAUACAAAACAACCCCCACCAUCACCCACAUAUAAGACAACUUCACCUAACAAAAGUGGGACAAGUCGCGGUGUACCUUAUGUUAAGCCUCCAGUUCUUCCCUAUUCUGAUCUGAAGCAUCUUGCUACAUGUUGCACGCCAGUAUCAUUAGGACCAUUCACAUCGCCUUCAUAUGAACGACCGAGACAUCCUUUGACAGCACGGAGAGAACCGACUCACUUUGAACCAGAAGUUGAUGUAGGGCCAACGCUCGGAAUAGCAAAAUCAAGCUCGUUGGAAAGUCUUCAAACUGCUGUGGAAAAUUUUGUCGAAAAUAAAGAUGCACCUUAUCCAAAACCUCAGCCAAGGGUUUUACGAGGCAGAGUUUUAAAUGAAAGUUUUCGAGCAGCUUUAGAUCAGUCUUAUGAUAUGGAAAAUUUGAGUGGAAAACCGAUGGCAACUCGUACAUUGAGAGAAGAAGGAACAGGCAUCAGUCCAUUAGCAAGAACAUCUGGUAGUGCUCCAACAAGUGGACAACGCGCACAUGAAAAAAAGAGAGCUGGAAAAAGUUACAAAAUAUUUGGAAUCUUCAGAGUUGGCAAAAACAAGAGAAGUCAGUCAUCAGAUCGACAUCUUGAUUCAUUUUCAUCAAAUUCAUCUUCAACAUCAUCACCACGUCUUCCUGAGAGUGAAGCUCAUAAAAAAUUACUCGAAUCUAAACGUGAAGAUGAUUUCAAAAAGCACCAAGCAGAGAAUGAAAGGAUUCAAGCCAAAGCCAAGUUGAUGAGAGAACAACAAGAACAAAGGAAGAAAGAUGAAAAGAAUAAAUCAAGAGAGGAUUUAGCCAACUCAAAUCAUGAUGACAGAGUGAGAGCUCCAAGUGUUCCAGUCACUGCUAUGCAGAGAAUGAAUAUGGAUCCAAAGGUUACAUACUCAGAAUCCCAUUCAGGAAGGCGUUCAGUAGAUCCUGGUGUUAUGCUGGGUUCUCACUCACAAACAUUUGAAUGGAACUCUCCAAAACGACCCACCUCACCUGUUGAUUAUGGUGACAGAAGUCGACAACGACGCCAAGAAAGAAACUUGAAUGUUAACAAUAUUAAAACUACUCCAGAUUAUAGUUCAUUGCCAAGACAACCGCGCCUUGAGUCCGAUGCGGGAGCAUUACCGGACGAUCCAAACAGAAUUAUGACUCAUGCAGAAGAAAACGAUCGUAUGACACCCACAGCUCCUCAUAGGGGUUCUUACACUCAAGACAGAUCUUCAACUGGGGCGCCGGGUAACUUCAACAACUAUGAGUUCUAUAACAUGCAGAAACCACCUAGUUCAAAGAGAAGAUCAGCAGAAUCAAAGUUUCGUACCAAUACUUCAGAACAUUCCUCUGGGUCUGUAUCCGACAGACCAAGUCGACCAGAUAAAUCAAAAGUCGGAAGAACUUUGUAUUAUGAUGACACUGAUGAUUCAUUGUCUCGAACCACUGUUCAGAGAAGCAAAACUCCUCAACCUCAAAUGCGCUUACAUCGAGACAAAUCCCCUCAUUCUCAGACUGUUAGACCCAGAACAAGACCAGUGAGUACUAUCAACGGGUUGGGUUUAUCACCUAUUGGGAAUAGUUUUCACAGAGAAGAAAGUCCGGAACCUCCUCCUGUUAUGUAUCGGUCCCAAAAAGCAGAAAGAAAGGCACAAUCGAGCGGCCCAUAUAGACACAGCGUACAUGUUGACGUGCCGGUUUCACGUCAGUAUGAACGUCACACAACCUAUCAUUCAGCUCGACCUCGCGAUCGUAAGGAAGCACCGCCAACUUCUUACAGAUGGAAAACUGAUUUGUUGACAAAAGGUCAAGAUCAAAGCGACACUGACAGCAACAGAACUGGAUCACCAGCUCACUCUGAAAAUGCUGAACGCAAUCGAAACGCAAUGAAAAAAAUGUUAAAAGCUCGCUACAAUGAACAACAGGACUCUGGAAAAAUUGUCAUUUCUCCUCCAUAUAAUUUAUAAUUCACAAUCGCAAUAUUAUAAUGAUUCGUCAGAAUCAAGCAUAAUACGACAGUCAUUAUCAUCUUCUUUCUAUCCAAUAUAUUUUGAUGAUAACAUUUCACAUUUUCACCGCUGUGCGUUUGAUCGGUACUUGAUGAUUUUUUUUGAUUUUUUUCUGAUAACACCUGUGAUAUUUAUAUGCUUAACCUUGAUAUGCCAAGGAAUCUAAUAUUUUUCUACCGCAUAAAGGCUUUUUUCUAUUUCUAAAUACGAUACCAUGUUGAAUUUAUGCCUAAAUAAAAGUUAAUAAAUGUAAUAUAAUCGAUAUUAAUAAAUUCAGUUAUAUUAUUGUUAUAGAUAAAGUGCACUACGGAUGUUGAAAUUUUUAGCAUUUCAAAAAUAACCCUUAAUGAAAUUAUACUUGAUUAUAUUCUAAAUCAAAUAGAAUUGCAUUGAUCCACAUUUAUUUUUCAUGAAGAAAGAGUUAUGUGCCAAGUUUGAGUUAAGAAGUUAUGUCUUAUUUGGUGGUUGAAGAUAAAAUUAUCAUUGUUAAAACAACCAGUUUGUUAAAUUAUUUUGCCAAUCGUAUGUGGCUUUCCUUUACUGCUUAUGCGUUUUUGUUCCUUAUUUUUAAGUGGGAAUUCCUGUCCUUUCUUUUUUGUUCAAGAAAAUUAUGUCACCAUCUGC